CAAGAGAUAGAGGAGGAGGCUGCACUAAGACUGUGAGGAUCCUCUGCUCGAGCGACGUUAAACGCUUCUCUUUCUCUUGGUUGGAUUUUUCUCGCUCACUGCCAGCAUGUGUAAGGGACUGGCUGCACUACCUGCGACCUGCCUGAAAAGCGCUAAAGACAUAAAGCACAAGAUCGGCUUCUUGCUUCAGAAACCUGAACCGGUUCAGGAGCAAAAGCUCGCGAAGGAAAAAGAAAAGGAGAAAGCAACUGUGGUGAAAAGCAUCGCUCCUGUUGAAGCUGAGAAAUGGAAGACAUCAUUUAACAACUUGAUUAAAAAUGAUGUUGGACGGGCCGCAUUUACAGCCUUUUUGAAGUCGGAGUUCAGCCAGGAGAACAUUGAGUUCUGGGAGGCUUGUGAGGACUUCAAGAGGACGCCUGCAAAACAGAUGGAAGCCAAAGCCAAACAGAUCUUUGAGCACUAUGUCAGUGUCGACUCACCAAAAGAGGUCAACCUGGACUCAGCAACAAGAGAAGAAACCAGAAGCAAUCUGGAAAAGAUUGACGCUAGCUGUUUUGAAGAAGCCCAAAACAAGAUUUUCACACUGAUGGAAAACGAUUCGUACCGGCGCUUUCUGAGAUCCAAAUUGUUCCUUGACCUGUGCCAUUCUCCCACAGAUAAAAAGCCCUGCGGCCUGGAGAGAAAAGGCAACCUUCCCGAGUUCAGUCCGUUCCUCCUGCCUCACUGCGCUUAAGCUACGGUAUCUACAUAUCUGAGAACCUGAGAAGAAAAGCUCCCUCUCAAGCUGACAUUGGUGGACUAAUUUCACUUCUUUGAGAAACAAAAAGCUGUUAGAGGCUUAAGCCAGCGCUUAACGAGCUCCAUGACAUACGAAGCAGACGCAAUGGAUGAAGAUGCUCAUUGAUUGUUUUCUCAGCUGUGCUUUCUGGCUUUAAGUAUUUUCACAGUUUGAGCAAAUAAUUCACUUCUGUUUCUCAUCUUUACUGUUGUUGCAAGCAAUUUUCAGGUCAUUUUACAAUCAAUAGGAAAUAACACACUAAACAGCAAGAUGAAUAAGACACCUUCUAAAGCCCAUCAGAUAUCAAAGUGGAAAUACUAUGAAUAACCAUGACUGAGUUUACAAACGAGUGACUGUUACAGAUUGGAGAAAAGCAGGCGAGUGCAGUAUCUGUGUUUAAUCGAUUUCAUAUGCGUUUCAGGCUUUCUGUGAGUGGAAGGACUGUGGUACACACAGUAAAAAUACCACUGUUAAAUCAACACCAUUACACUAAUAGUAUUGAUUUAACACUGAGCAGUGCUAAAGAAGGAACCCGUCUAAUACACACAUAUACACACAAAGACACACACGCGUCAACUUCAUUUUUUUUUUCUUUUUUUUUUUGAUAUAGUGAGUUGACACAUGCUAGUACAUUUAUUAAGAGUUGGGCAUUUUCAAAUGAGCAGAAAAAAAAAAAAAAACAUCUGGUCAUUAUAAAUAAACCCUAAAGCAAAACGAAUGUUAUCUGUAAAGCUGUACUUAGGCAAUGUGAUCCCGUCAGCUCGUCCUGCAGUGCUGUGAAUCCUGUUAAUGUUAAUUCUGUCCUUCUCUUGUAAUGUCACUUUCUUCAUCUUUACUUAUAAGAAUAAAUGGCUGUUUAUA